UACAUGUACAUCCUUAAGUGUUUAAAUGUGACAACAAAUUAAAGGACAACAGAAAAUAUCAUUGUUCGGCCAUAUUAUAAAUAUGCUGUAUGUGUCAACAGGUUCUAAUCUGAAAUCAAAAGCGGAAGUAAAUUCGAUUGGAAAUACCGAACGAAGCAUUCUGUGCAAGUCUUGUUCUUUUUACAAGAUCACAGUAACCCGGAUGUCAUGGCUGGAAGUUCAUUAUUAGUGGCAGCAAUAGAUUUUGGAACGACCUAUUCAGGCUGGGCGUUUUCUUUUAAGCAUGAAUUUGAAAGAGAUGCCACCAAAGUAUCAGCAAAAAACUGGACAGGUGGACAACUUGUUUCCCUAAAAGGACCAACAUGUGCCUUAAUAGAACCUGACGGUGAAACACUUCACAGUUUUGGAUAUGAAGCUGAAAGUAAAUAUGCUGACCUCGCGUGUGAUAGCGAGCAUGGCGGGUGGUAUUUUUUCAAGAGAUUUAAAAUGAAUCUUUUUGGACAGGGAUUUGGAAGAAAUCUUAUGUUAGAAGAUGCAAGCGGAAGGAAGAAGUUGUUAGCCAAAACAGUAUUUUCUCUGUCGAUUAAAUAUCUAAAAGACGACCUCAUCAAGUUGUCAGAAUCCCGCAUCGCUGGUGGGGGUCUUCAAGAUACGGACAUUCACUGGGUCCUCACAGUACCUGCUAUCUGGAAUGAUGCUGCCAAACAAUUCAUGAGAGAAGCUGCUCAACAGGCUGGUAUAUCCGGAGACAUGCUUACUAUUGCAUUGGAACCAGAAGCUGCAAGUCUGUACUGCCGCCAUCUACCGGUAGAAAAAUGUGGAAGUGGUAAAACCUCGUUGGCGGCAUUCGGACCUGGUAAACGGUAUCUGGUUCUUGAUGCUGGAGGUGGAACAGUGGACAUAACUGUUCACGAGGUGAUGAGUGGUGGUCAUCUUAAAGAAUUGGAUAAAGCCAGCGGAGGAGCAUGGGGAGGGGUACAAGUUGACGACGCUUUCUUCCGUUUUUUGAAUGAAAUUGCAGGACCAGGGCCCGAUGUGAUGCCAAUGUUCAGAGACAAAAACAUGGAAGACUACCUGGAAUUGUUUAGGGACUUUGAAGUUAAGAAGCGUGAAAUUGGACCGAAGAAAGACACAAAAAUUACUUUCAGAAUACCUGCAGCUCUAUCUGACACUGUAAUGGAAAUGAGGGACCAACCGUUACAGGACGUGAUAAAGAAGACAAAGUUUUCAAGCAAGGUCAAAUUGAUGGGAGAUAAAUUGCGAGUAGACGCAGCUGUUGUAAAAGGCUUCUUUGAACCUUCCAUUGAAAGCAUUGUUAAGCAUGUGAAAGGUUUGCUACAGAACAGCAGCACAAUAGAGGCGUUGAGGCUAUUAAUGGUUGGUGGGUUUUCUGAAUCACCAAUGCUGCAGGAGACAGUGAGAAGUCGCUUUCCUGACUUGAGAAUUAUAGUUCCAGAUGAAGCUGGACUAGCAGUUCUCAAAGGGGCUGUUAUCUAUGGUCAUAGUCCAACAACAAUCUCACAAAGAGUUAGCAAGUUCACGUACGGAACCGAUGUCUCACAAGUUUUUGAUGCGGAUAGACACCCAUUUGCGAGAAUGAAACUGACUGAUACUGAAGUAAGAUGUGAAAAUGUAUUUUCGAAGCUAGCAGAAGCUGGACAAAUAUUGGAAGUUGGCCAGGCGCAAGACGAGCAAACCUAUACUACCAUAAAUGAAACACAAACAGAGAUGGGUAUGAAUAUUUACGCUACUACAGACAAGAAUCCAGGGUUUAUAGAUGAUGUCGGUUGCUACAAGAUUGGCACCUUUAGUGUACCUGUUUCUGGGAGUGGUGCCGGACGAGAAGUUACAGUUAAAAUGAUAUUUGGAGGAACUGAAAUUGACGUUGAAUGUACAGAAAAGGCAACAGAAAAGAUCACACACCUAAAAGUAGAUUUUCUGUCAUAGAUGCUGACCUUCCAUUUUUAGAUCAUUGAAGGAUCAUUACAGACGAUUUACAAAAAAUGAGUACUAAUGUACUAUUUGAUGAAAUUGUACGGCGUUACACAAAUGAUUCUUCAAUCAGAUAUAAAAACCACGUCUUUAAAACACUUCGCUUCAUGUAUACCUAAGAAGAUCUGAACGUUAGUCUAUAACUCAGUGACCGAUUGGAACCAGUUGCUAGGAUUUAUUGAAUACUAGUAUACUAGCUCAACAGCAGGAAUAUAAAAUGAAUCAUUAUAAAUUGACACACUAUAAUAAAACAUAUUAUGGUACUUCUAUGUUUGAACAUCUUAUGAACCCUGUAUAGAGCGGGUGCACCUGAUGCCGAACAUGCUCCUAAUUCCGACCAAAAUAUUAUAAUUCAUUUAAUAUUUCAUUUUUAACACAAUUCAAAAAAUUGAAAUCAUUAUUAUAACGUCAAUUUGUCUCUAUUUCCACCCGCAACAUUUUGAAUUCGCGGUUGUGUUGUUUGUUGUGAUUUUGGGCAUUCAAGGAUUUACUUCAAUUUUUGGUUAGACAUUUUAUUUAUUAGCUAUUUUUUUACAAAUUUUUACUAAUAUCAUAAAAUAUUGAAUAUUGAUGCUUUAGUCAAAUUCUUUUGAAAUCAAUGAUGUAGACAAAAAUAAAAAUCAUGUGUGAAGCCCCUGUACAUGUUUUAAGGUCGUAUGAAUGAAUAACUGGCAGUGUUCAAAUGUUUUUACACAUUGAAAUUUAAUUGUAAACAUUCUAAUUUUGAGCAUAUAUGUGAUCCUUAUAUUUAUCAAAAUAUGUUUAAAUUUAAACUCAUAGUGUGAAUUAAGUGUUUAGAUUAUAAUUUUCAUGAUUUUCAUGAUUCAUAUUAUGAUAUUUAUGAGAAAAAGAGCUUUAUUCAUGAAAUAUUAUCAAGUCGAAUUAUGAAAAAAUGAUUGAUAUGUGAAAAUAGAUUGCUUGCUUGCAUUGUGCCAUGGGUAUUAUUGUAUUAGCCGUCAAAAGAAGUUUAAUGAUAGUUAAAUUUUACUAGAAUUUUACUGAUAAAUAUUUUCAACUUUUGAACACUUUUACGAAUGAAGUUAUGAAGAAGAGAAAGACAACAAAACUUAGCCAACCCUUAAAUGUUUUUUCUUUAAAGUAGAAAUACCUAUGUCAUUAUAAUAGUAGAGAUGGACUUAUCUAACUCAUGUAGCACAACAGAAUAAUAUUACAAAGUAUGGUGACAGAAGUACAUCUUAACAACUUUCAUUCAAUAAAGCUUUAAAGAUAUUUUCUUUUUUUUUUGCUGUCAAGUUGAGAUGAAUAAGUAAUAUUUUUCAAGAAAUUAUAAUCAUAGUGAUUUCACCAAUAUUUGAUAAUAAAAAUGUUUACCAGAGUAAUAUAUAAAAAACCUAAAUUAUUCAAAAGACUACCUCAAAAUUUUAAACAAAUGACCGUUGCGUAGACAUUCCGAACGAUAAUUAUAGCAAUUCUCGUGGCCAACGUGGAUUAUUGAUUUUUUUGCAUACUAGUAUAAAAAAUAAGAUUGAACACAAAUAUGGCAAAAUGAAUGAUUGUUUUGACUUUUACCUGUGCACUGUCCAUUAUUAUAAUGUCACUUUAGAUAAAAUGCGAUUUGGAAUGAUGAUGCAGUUGUAUAAGAUACAUUUACUUUCAAAUUGACAUGUAUGUGAAACCAUUAAAUUGAAAUGCGUAACUGGAGUAUUAUGUUGAAAUAUACCUUAUUGUACAUUCUAA